AGGCUCGCAUGCUUGUGCGAAAUCGAUGCUCCAUAUUUCAACCUGCCCAAGUAACAUCACAAUGCGACAUGGUAGAGUACUUGCUUUAGUACAUAUAUCCAGAUGAGAUAAGCCUCGCUCCCUGAACGGGCCACACGGACAUUUUGUUCAGUGAAUGACUCAUCAGCAUAUCAAGGAAGAACUAUGUCGCAAUACUCAGACGGAAUGCCCACAAACACUCACCUUCGGCUUCACUCGAGCUAAAAUCUGGCAAGAUGGAAGAGGCCAAUGUCAAAGGCUCCGGUGAGGAUCCGCCCGAUCCCAAUGACGUGUGGACUUCCUUAUAUAAAGAUCGUCGUGAGUGCAAGUUCAAGACUGUGAAACCAAAAGCGUUGCUUUCAUCAUCAUCGGAUGGCGAUGGUGCUGCUGACCUCAACCAGGUUCGAAUCGUGUGUAUGAGCGAUACUCACUCUCGAUUGGACCACUUCAAACACCCGAUCCCAAACGGGGACAUCUUUAUCCACGCUGGAGAUUUCACCACCGUAGGAAGCCAAGAGCAGGUCGUGAAAUUCAACGAGUUCUUGGGCCAAUUGCCCCACUCGCACAAGUUGGUUAUUGCCGGCAAUCACGAGACCACUUUCGACCCGAGAGUCAGAGGGAAACGCUUCCAAUCGCAAGAAAAACACAAUACGGCCGAGACCAUGUCAGAUUUGCUCACCAAUUGCACAUAUCUCCAGGAUUUCGGGAUUGAGAUCCAGGGCAUUAAGUUCUAUGGCUCCCCGUGGACGCCUGACUUUAGUUACAGCUGGGCCUUCAAUGCCAGUCGAGGGUCAGCUAUUCGAAGCAAAUGGGAUCAGAUCCCGGAUGACACGGACGUGCUGAUUACGCAUGGACCGCCCUUAGGACAUCUGGAUCGAACGGAUGCCGGCAAACACGUGGGUUGUGAGGACCUAAUGAAGAGAGUGGUCACCGAGAUCAAGCCUAAAUUCCAUAUCUUUGGCCACAUUCACGAAGACCCUGGAAUUGUCUCCAAUGGCCUGACCGUGUUCAUCAAUGCGUCCACUUGCAAUCGUACCUGUAAACCGAUUAACCCGCCCAUUGUUUUUGACCUGACUUUACCUGUCAAAUCCGAAAAGUCAAUCAGGGGUGGUCCAGGGAAUGCUCCAGAAGUGGUGGAACGCCGAAAUAAGAUGACUAGUUUAUACAAGAACGUCAAGUCUAAAUUACCUGGGUUUUGAUCAAUGAGCCACAAUAGGUUCUCGUGCACUGCUAUGGUUUACCACAUUUGAUGAAAUCUAUGAUCCGAUCAAUGUUACAGAAAUUCGUAGUUUGAAUUGGUUCAGAACAUGCGCAAGCGUGCGAAGGAAACCAUAUUUCAGACGGUAUUUUUAACUCUUUUUCUAAAGCCGACACUCCCUAGGAUUUAGUACAAUUAAGGAUGUCUGUCCCGUACGAGUAAUACUAACUGCAUACAACGGGUCUUAAUCUAAUUUUCCGCUAAAACCAACUGUAAUAAUUAGCCGCUCAUUUUAAUGCAAAGAA